AUGGCGAAAAAGAACAACAACAACAACAACAACAACAACAACAACGCCUCGUUGAAGCUUUCUGGUGUCCCGAGCCCAGGCGAAGCCAUUCGGGCCGUGCUCCUCGGGCAUUUAAACCUCGAUUCGAACGCAGACGCGACCAUCGAAUUCCAAUGGUACAAAAAAGAGUAUCAGGGACCAGAGGGAAAGGCCCAACAACAACGACAAAAAGGGGAUCCAGAUCGUCGAGAGGAAUUGAGCGAGGACGAGCGCGAGAUUCUCGGUGCUACUGCGCCGAUCUAUUUGGUAAGAAAAGUUGACCUCGGGUGUCGCAUCGGUGCGCUGGCGAUUUUGCGAAGUCGGAUUAGCGACGAGGACGACGAGGAUGAUUUUGACAAAGACGACGAGGUUUUUGAGAAAAAGAAGAAGGAGGGCAGUAAGAUUUUGGCAACGUUUAAAAGUGAAAUGGCAGAUAUCGUGCACAUGGAAAACGACGACGUCGAUGAAGACUAUUACGGCGACGAUGCGCCGGGGGAGCGGAAGAAAAAGAUGAGCAAGAGUUGGAGAAUGCAACAAAAAUCAAAGACGUCUUCUUCUUCUUCGACGGCGACGGCGACGGCGACGGCGACGGCGAAAAUGAUCCACAAACAAUCUCACCACGAAGAAAAAGUCACAACGACGUCGUCGUCCUCGAUUUCGUCUCCGGAUGAUCUUGAAGCCACAAAGAGAAGUGGUAGCGGCGGCGAGGGCAACACGAGAACGGGUAAGUCGGCGGUCAAAGAAGAGAGACGACGAAUUGAAGGUGACUCUACUCCGAUUGGCGACGAGAGAUUUAAAAAAGCAGAGGAGAGGUUACUCGCAAACGCAGGGAUUUUUAAACAUAAAUACGGCGAGUCGGGUCGCUACGCCGACGACGAAGACAACGACGACGAGUCUUUGAACGACUAUUUACUUUUCGGCGAGAAGGAAGAGUACGAGAAAACAAAAACAAAAGCGACGACCUCGCGAAAAUUAGAAGAAGACAAAGUGUACGUGGACGUUUUGCGCAAGUUGAAAGCGUACGCGAGACUGCGAAUUCGGCACAUGGGACAUUUCUCGAAGCUUUUGAAGUUUGCAACAUUUUGUGUUUUAUAUUGCAUCAUGUUGUAUUUGCAGACGGAUCCGAUAUUGAGUUUCGAAGUUUCAUCGACAGUCAGAGGUCUGUUGAAACCUGGCAUUAAAUCGACCCAGGAUGUGAACUACCUCUACGAGUGGCUGAGUGAGAGCGUAGUCGACCCGAUCUGGACGGAAGCGCCGUGCGGUGACGGCGUGUGCUCGGCGCCGUACGAGUUUCCAGCUUUCGGAAGAUUUGGAUGUAAAGCCGAUUGCGGCUCCGCAACAAAUCUGAUUUCAUUGGUUAUUCACGUGCAAAGCAGAUUCGGUAAUUCUCCAGCCGUGAGUGCGCUCGAGCUCAUGUCUCAAGCCAGUUGGAAUUUAUGUUUGCAAGAUCCCGGUCGGUACGCGAACGACUUGCCGGAUUUAUGCUGGUACGAAAAAGAUCAAAAAUUUUUGGAAGUUGACACUAAUAAGCUUAUCCGACUCGAUGUUAUCACCGGUAAUUGGUACGUGCGCCUCAAGGGUGAUCAUCUCGGUUUAGUCGCGGGGAAAAUUUACCGGCUCGAAGCGAAUGGUGAUUUAGUUUUAACGCCGACGGUUCCUUUAUGGCUGACGUGUACGAAAACCUCUCUUUUCAAGAAUGUUCAAGCGCGGGUGUCGAAAUUUGCAUCCGCAUCGCUAUCGUCGCGCUCCGUAAAGAAAGAGACUUCUUCAAUCAGUGAAGCAUACUCUACGGCUCCGAGAAGACGCAUGGAUAAUUUAUCUUUUUCGUCUUCGACGGCGGCGGCGGCGGCGGCGGCGGCGGCGGCGGCGGCGGCGGCGGCUCCCGAUGACAUCGCGUUCGACAGAGAUGGUGACGCGGGCCAAACGAGUCGUCGAAACUUGAAGCAACAGAAGGAUGUAACGGAGCUCACGGAUUCAAAUUUUUUCGAUGCGAUUGAUACGUGUUUGAGAAAGUCCGAGCAAGGUCUUCACGCCGCCGAUGGGAGAUGUAUUGCUAGCGAGUAUGGAUCGAUGUCUGAAUGGAACACUAGUCUCGUGACCAACAUGGAAGGUGCGUUUCGGGAUAUGGUGACAUUUAACGCAGAUAUUUCUGGAUGGGAUACGAGCGGUGUGACGAAUAUGGCGCACAUGUUUUAUAACGCUCGGCAAUUUUCCCAAAAUAUUACGAGCUGGGAAGGUUCUGCCGCUUCUUCUCUUCAAAGAAACAUAUUUUAUGGCGCAAAGUCUUUUACGUCCCAAUUUAUUUGUCCUUUUUAUUUUCACAGCGCGCCAAAUUCGUGCACAACGCGAGAGCCGGUGCCGCACGCAACGUUUAAAACUGCCGUGAAUUCGUGUUUGGAGGAAGAACCGCUGAAGGGCGAUUGCACGACGUACGGUACCGUGACGACUAAAUACGGCGUCAUGUCCGAAUGGGACGUGAGCUCAGUCACGGAUAUGCAAAGCGCUUUUUCAUCAAAGACUACUUUCAACGGCGAUAUUUCGAAUUGGGACGUCCGUUUCGUGAAAGAUAUGAGCCACAUGUUUUACAGUGCGAACUCGUUUACUCAAGACUUGAGUAGCUGGCAGACGUGGAGUCUCACGAGAAUGUACAGAUUAUUGCAUGGAGGGAACGCGAACCCUGAUUUAUCAAACUGGGACGUUUCGAACGUUCGAAAUAUGGAUCGUGUUUUUGACCAGGCGUACUCUUUCAAUAAGGAUAUAAGCAGCUGGGACGUGUCGAGCGUCACGAGUAUGAAUUACAUAUUCACCGAAGCAAAAUCGUUCAAUCGAGAUUUGGAUGCAUGGGAUACGUCCAGCGUGACUGAUAUGCAAUACAUGUUCAAUAAAGCGCACGUUUUUAACGGCAAAGUGGGUUCUUGGGACGUGUCGAAGGUGACGAGUAUGUACCAAAUGUUUUACGAAGCUUCUGUGUUCAACCAACCCGUCGCUUCCUGGGAUGUUUCUCAAGUGACGACUUUGUCGCACAUGUUUUAUAACGCGAAGAAGUUUAACCAACCGGUUGGAAACUGGAACGUCUCGAAAGUAACCGCGUUUGACAAUGCUUUUGCGUAUGCUUCUGCUUUUGCUCAAGAUUUAUCCAAAUGGACUGGGAGUGGCGUGGAAACUACACAGCAUAAUAUAUUUUAUGGUGCGACGGCAUUUCAGGCGAAAUAUUGGUGUCCUGAUACGAACAGUGGUCCCAUUAAAUUUUGUCAGUGUAAAGCAGACUGUCCUCCUUCGCCCUCUCCGCCACCUUCAUCUUCUUUUGAGAAAACUGCAAUCACGACUGAUAACAUCAAAACAGCCGCGCAGACGUGCUUGUAUUCCAAUAUAGGUGCACACGUUUCAAACGGUUUGUGCGCGGCUACGGAAUACGGGUCUAUGCCUGAUUGGGACGUGAGCAAAGUGACGAGUAUGAGUGGGCUCUUCGGAUCCAUCUUGUCUAGCGUUCGGUCUCAAUUUAACGCCGACUUGUCUCGUUGGGACGUGAGCGCCGUCACGGAUAUGCAAUACCUUUUCAACGGAUGCACGGCUUUCAACGGAGACAUUUCAAACUGGGACGUGAGCAAAGUGACAAAUAUGCAAUACAUGUUCCAAUCGACGAGCUCGUUCACGCGAGAUAUCAACAGUUGGAACAUACAAAGAGUGACUAGUUUUGAAGGUUUUCUGUACGCUUCGUAUUCGAAUCCGAAGUUAUCUAAUUGGAACGUGUCCCAAACGAGGAAUAUGAAUCAACUUUUCGAUCACGCGUACUCUUUCGACCAGAAUAUCAGUCGUUGGGACGUGUCGAGCGCGACGAGCAUGAGUUAUAUGUUUCGCAACGCGGAUAGUUUCAACUACGACUUGGACGCGUGGGAUACGUCGAGAGUGACAAGUAUGUAUGCGAUGUUCAAUGGUGCAGAUAUAUUCAACGGCAAAAUUGGUUCGUGGAACGUGUCUGAGGUGACAAAUAUGGGAUACAUGUUUCGUCAAACUUCUGAAUUUAAUCAGCCCAUUGGCCAAUGGGACGUAUCAAAGGUGACAAAUAUGCACUACAUGUUUUAUUCCGCGAGCGUAUUCAAUCAGCCCAUUGGCCAAUGGGACGUAUCGAAGGUGACAAAUAUGCAAUACAUGUUCCAAUCAGCGCCUGCGUUUGCGCAAAGCCUCGAAAGUUGGCCGGAGACGACGUCUACUCUUGCGACGAAUUGGUACGGACCGACACAUGAAAUGUUCAACGGCGCCACUGCGUUCCGCUCUAAGUUCUCGUGCCCAAGUGGAAAUUUCGGUCCGCCUGUAAAAUGCACGUGUACUUUGAGCUGCCCUUUGUCGGACUCUGUGUUUACGACACAAAUUGACAUCUGUUUACAAGCCAGUCCUGUUCACGGUUUGUGUUCUGACAGCGCGCCAAAGUACGGGGCUAUGCCCGACUGGGAUGUAUCGGAAGUGACGAACAUGUCUCACGCGUUUCGAGACUUGGCUUCUUUCGACGCAGACCUAUCCAAGUGGGAGGUUUCUCAAGUCACGGACAUGGAGUACAUGUUUCACGGCGCGUCUUCUUUCUCUUCGGAUAUUUCAGCCUGGGACACCUCCAGAGUAACGAACAUGCAAAACAUGUUUCACGGCGCGUCGUCUUUUCGUUCGUUCGUCUCGGACUGGAAGGGUGCGGCUGCAACCAGUACGCAAUCGAACAUGUUUUUGGACGCUGAGGCUUUUGUUUCUCGCUUUCUAUGCCGAGACUCUAAGAGCGGCCCAGCGUCAACGUGUGCUCCUCGCCCUCCACCUUCACCUUUAACCGAUGCUUCUUUUUACGACGCAGUCAGUGCGUGCACUCUUGAAGCUCCCGUGAGUGGCGAGUGCAUCACGUAUGGUUUUUCCACGACUAAUUUUGGCACCAUGCCGAACUGGGACGUUCAAUACGUCACAGACAUGUCUUACUCGUUCAAGAACGAGCCUGUUUUUGACGGUGAUAUAUCCUCUUGGAAUACAUCGAGCGUCACGAGUAUGCGCGAAAUGUUUCACUUUGCGACUUCCUUCAACCGCGCUAUUGGCGGAUGGAACACGUCAAAAGUGACCGAUAUUCAAUCGAUGUUUUCGAAUGCGCAAAGUUUCAACCAGCCGCUGAACACGUGGGACACGUCGAGCGUCACUACUAUGUACUCCACUUUUGCAAACGCGCAAAGUUUCAAUCAACCGCUUCGUUAUUGGGACACGUCUAGAGUAGCCCGCGCUGAAAAAAUGUUUUCAGGCGCCUCUUCCUUUGCGCGGAGACUUUACCUUCCAAGCUCGGCUAUUCAGACUGGCAUAUUCUCUGGUUGCGUCGCAUUUCACGAGAAGUACUCGUGUUCGACUGAAAACGAUGGCCCCGCGGAUUCGUGCGAAUUCAAAUUCAAAGUAGAACAAGCGAACUUCCAAACUGCCGUGAAUUCGUGUUUGGAGGAAGAACGACUGAUGAAGGGCGAUGGUGCCAUUCUGAAGGGCGAUUGCACGACGUACGGUACCGUGACGACUAAAUACGGCGUCAUGUCCGAAUGGGACGUGAGCUCAGUCACGGAUAUGCAAAGCGCUUUUUCAUCAAAGACUACUUUCAACGGCGAUAUUUCGAAUUGGGACGUCCGUUUCGUGAAAGAUAUGAGCCACAUGUUUUACAGUGCGAACUCGUUUACUCAAGACUUGAGUAGCUGGCAGACGUGGAGUCUCACGAGAAUGUACAGAUUAUUGCAUGGAGGGAACGCGAACCCUGAUUUAUCAAACUGGGACGUUUCGAACGUUCGAAAUAUGGAUCGUGUUUUUGACCAGGCGUACUCUUUCAAUAAGGAUAUAAGCAGCUGGGACGUGUCGAGCGUCACGAGUAUGAAUUACAUGUUCACUGAAGCAGAAUCGUUCAAUCGAGAUUUGGAUGCAUGGGAUACGUCCAGCGUGACUGAUAUGCAAUACAUGUUCAAUGAAGCGCACGUUUUUAACGGCAAAGUGGGUUCUUGGGACGUGUCGAAGGUGACGAGUAUGUACCAAAUGUUUUACGAAGCUUCUGUGUUCAACCAACCCGUCGCUUCCUGGGAUGUUUCUCAAGUGACGACUUUGUCGCACAUGUUUUAUAACGCGAAGAAGUUUAACCAACCGGUUGGAAACUGGGACGUCUCGAAAGUAACCGCGUUUGACAAUGCUUUUGCGUAUGCUUCUGCUUUUGCUCAAGAUUUAUCCAAAUGGACUGGGAGUGGCGUGGAAACUACACAGAGUAAUAUAUUUUAUGGUGCGUAUGCAUUUCAGGCGAAAUAUUGGUGUCCUGAUACGAACAGUGGUCCCAUUAAAUUUUGUCAGUGUAAAGCAGACUGUCCUCCUUCGCCCUCUCCGCCACCUUCAUCUUCUUUUGAGAAAACUGCAAUCACGACUGAUAACAUCAAAACAGCCGCGCAGACGUGCUUGUAUUCCAAUAUAGGUGCACACGUUUCAAACGGUUUGUGCGCGGCUACGGAAUACGGGUCUAUGCCUGAUUGGGACGUGAGCAAAGUGACGAGUAUGAGUGGGCUCUUCGGAUCCAUCUUGUCUAGCGUUCGGUCUCAAUUUAACGCCGACUUGUCUCGUUGGGACGUGAGCGCCGUCACGGAUAUGCAAUACCUUUUCAACGGAUGCACGGCUUUCAACGGAAACAUUUCAAACUGGGACGUGAGCUCUGUGACUCGUAUGCAAUACAUGUUCCAAUCGACGAGAUCGUUCACGCGAGAUAUCAACAGUUGGAACAUACAAAGAGUGACUAGUUUUGAAGGUUUUCUGUACGCUUCGUAUUCGAAUCCGAAGUUAUCUAAUUGGAACGUGUCCCAAACGAGGAAUAUGAAUCAACUUUUCGAUCACGCGUACUCUUUCGACCAGAAUAUCAUUCGUUGGGACGUGUCGAGCGCGACGAGCAUGAGUUAUAUGUUUCGCAACGCGGAUAGUUUCAACUACGACUUGGACGCGUGGGAUACGUCGAGAGUGACAAGUAUGUAUGCGAUGUUCAAUGGUGCAAAUAUAUUCAACGGCAAAAUUGGUUCGUGGGACGUGUCUGAGGUGACAAAUAUGGAAUACAUGUUUUAUUCCGCGAGCGUAUUCAAUCAGCCCAUUGGCCAAUGGGACGUAUCCAAGGUGACAAAUAUGCGAUACAUGUUCCAAUCUGCGAGCGUAUUCAAUCAGCCCAUUGGCCAAUGGGACGUAUCGAAGGUGACAAAUAUGCAAUACAUGUUCCAAUCAGCGCCUGCGUUUGCGCAAAGCCUCGAAAGUUGGCCGGAGACGACGUCUACUCUUGCGACGAAUCAUAACGGACCGACACAUGAAAUGUUCAACGGCGCCACUGCGUUCCGCUCUAAGUUCUCGUGCCCGAGUGGAAAUUACGGUCCACCUGUAAAAUGCGUUGCUAACAACAUGGACGCUUUAAUACUUUCUGAUUCAAGUUUUUACGAAGGAGUGACACUAUGUUUAUUGGAAGCUCCGGUUGAUGGCAAUUGUUAUUAUUACGGGACCACUUUUACCAGUUUUGGCCUCUUAUCAGAUUGGGACGUUUCGCGAGUGACUAACAUGUCUUUUGCGUUUAAAGGGUCUGAAAAGUUCAACGGCGACCUUUCCAAGUGGCAAACCACGAGCGCUACGAGUAUGGAUGAAAUGUUUUCCGGAGCGCUUUCGUUUACUGGAUCGUCGCUUGGAGAAUGGGAUACUUCAAGCGUGGUGAGUAUGAGCGGUAUGUUUUUAAACGCCACCUCUUUUAAUCAGCCGCUUUCUCUUUGGGAUACUUCUCAAGUGACUGAUAUGUCUAGCAUGUUUGAGAGCGCCGUUUCUUUCGCUCAGCCUGUUUAUUUUUGGACUGGAUCGGCAGCGACGAGCUCGAGCGGCUCCACUUCUAUCUUUGCUUCUGCGAGUUCGUUUUUGGAAAAGUAUUCGUGUGAUUCCGCUGUCGAUGGUCCGGUGAAUACGUGCACGUGCUCUAAUCCUGAUUUCUGUGUGAGCGAUGCUGUCUUCUUGAGCGCCGUUUCGGCGUGCCUUGCCGAGUCUCCCGCUCUUGGCUUGUGUCCGACCUACGGUACGAUGACUACGCAGUUCGGAGCUUCUAUGUCUAUUUGGGAUACCUCUUUAGUGACGAACAUGUCUCACGCGUUUGAGCAGGCGACGUCUUUUAACGGCGAUAUUUCCUCCUGGAAUACAGUCAGCGUGACGAGUAUGUCUUCUAUGUUCUUCAACGCGUCAUCGUUUGCCGGUGAAAUCUUGGGAUGGACCGGCAGUGCAACAGAGAGUGCGCAAGUUGACAUGCUUUUUGGCGCUUCACAGUUUCAUCGCAAGUACAUUUGCUCGGACACUGUUCGCGGUCCUUUGAGCGCUUGCGUUGCUCGAGUAAAGCUAACCGAUGAAACUUUUUUUGAUGCGAGAACCUCGUGUUUGGAGGAAGAGCCGCUGAAGGGCGAUUGCACGACGUACGGUACCGUGACGAAUAAAUACGGCGUCAUGUCUGAUUGGGACGUCAGUCUCGUGACAAAGAUGAACUCGGCGUUCCAAUCCAAGACUACUUUCAACGGCGAUAUUUCGAAUUGGGAUGUGAGCUCUGUCGUGGAUAUGAGCUACAUGUUUUAUAAUGCACAUGUUUUCAAGCACGACAUUGGUUCAUGGAACGUAUCAAGUGUUACUACAAUAGCAUUCAUGUUCCACUCGACGAGAUCGUUCACGCGAGAUAUCAACAGUUGGAACAUACAAAGAGUGACUAGUUUUGAAGGUUUUCUGUACGAUUCGUAUUCGAAUCCGAAGUUGUCUAAUUGGAACGUGUCCCAAACGAGGAAUAUGAAUCAACUUUUCGAUCACGCGUACUCUUUCGACCAGAAUAUCAGUCAUUGGGACGUGUCGAGCGCGACGAGCAUGAGUUAUAUGUUUCGCAACGCGGAUAGUUUCAACUACGACUUGGACGCAUGGGAUACGUCGAGAGUGACUGAUAUGCAUGCGAUGUUCAAUGGUGCAGAUAUAUUCAACGGCAAAAUUGGUUCGUGGGACGUGUCGAGUGUGACGACUUUGUAUGCAAUGUUUCAAGGCGCUGGCGUGUUUAAUCAGCCCAUUGGAAGAUGGGAUGUUUCUCGGGUGACGCAAAUGUCUUAUUUAUUUUACCAAGCGCCUGCAUUCAAUCAGCCUAUUGGGAAUUGGGACGUUUCCAAUGUGAACGGGCUUUCUGACACUUUUUCGCACGCGUACGCGUUUGUUCAGGAUUUAUCUGGAUGGACUGGCAGUGUAACCACGACUUUGCAAUCGGAAUUAUUCAAUAAUGCGUAUGCAUUUCAGGCAAAGUACAGUUGUUUUGACACGAUUCGGGGCCCUAUCAGCUCGUGCCGAUGCAAAGCAGACUGUCCUCCGUCGCCUUCUUCUCCACCUUCAUCUUCUUUUGAGAAAACUGCAAUCACGACUGAUAACAUCAAAACAGCCGCGCAGACGUGCUUGUAUUCCAAUGGAGGUGCACACGUUUCAAACGGUUUGUGCGCGGCUACGGAAUACGGGUCUAUGCCUGAUUGGGACGUGAGCAAAGUGACGAGUAUGCGUGAGCUCUUUAAAUCUCUCGACGCUAACGUUCGUUCUCAAUUUAACGUCGACUUGUCUCGUUGGGACGUGAGCGCCGUCACGGAUAUGGGAUACCUUUUCGACGGAUUCACAAUUUUUAACGCCGACUUGUCUCGUUGGGACGUGAGCGCCGUCACGGAUAUGCAAUACCUUUUCAACGGAUGCACGGCUUUCAACGGAGACAUUUCAAACUGGGACGUGAGCAAAGUGACAAAUAUGCAAUACAUGUUCCAAUCGACGAGCUCGUUCACGCGAGAUAUCAACAGUUGGAACAUACAAAGAGUGACUAGUUUUGAAGGUUUUCUGUACACUUCGUAUUCGAAUCCGAAGUUAUCUAAUUGGAACGUGUCCCAAACGAGGAAUAUGAAUCAACUUUUCGAUCACGCGUACUCUUUCGACCAGAAUAUCAUUCGUUGGGACGUGUCGAGCGCGACGAGCAUGAGUUAUAUGUUUCGCAACGCGGAUAGUUUCAACUACGACUUGGACGCGUGGGAUACGUCGAGAGUGACUGAUAUGUAUGCGAUGUUCAAUGGUGCAGAUAUAUUUAACGGCAAAAUUGGUUCGUGGGACGUGUCUGAGGUGACAAAUAUGGGAUACAUGUUUUAUGAAACUUCUGCAUUUAAUCAGCCCAUUGGCCAAUGGGACGUAUCAAAGGUGACAAAUAUGGAAUUCAUGUUUUAUUCCGCGAGCGUAUUCAAUCAGCCCAUUGGCCAAUGGGACGUAUCAAAGGUGACAAAUAUGCACUACAUGUUCCAAUCUGCGAGCGUAUUCAAUCAGCCCAUUGGCCAAUGGGACGUAUCAAAGGUGACAAAUAUGCAAUACAUGUUCCGAUCUGCGCCUGCGUUUGCGCAAAGCCUCGAAAGUUGGCCGGAGACGACGUCUACUCUUGCGACGAAUUGGUACGGACCGACAUAUGAAAUGUUCAACGGCGCCACUGCGUUCCGCUCUAAGUUCUCGUGCCCAAGUGGAAAUUUCGGUCCGCCUGUAAAAUGCACGUGUACUUUGAGCUGCCCUUUGUUGGACUCUGUGUUUACGACACAAAUUGACAUCUGUUUACAAGCCAGUCCUGUUCACGGUUUGUGUUCUGACAGCGCGCCAAAGUACGGGGCUAUGCCCGACUGGGACGUAUCGGAAGUGACGAACAUGUCUCACGCGUUUCGAGACUUGGCUUCUUUCGACGCAGACCUAUCCAAGUGGGAGGUUUCUCAAGUCACGGACAUGGAGUACAUGUUUCACGGCGCGUCUUCUUUCUCUUCGGAUAUUUCAGCCUGGGACACCUCCAGAGUAACGAACAUGCAAAACAUGUUUCACGGCGCGUCGUCUUUUCGUUCGUCCGUCUCGGACUGGAAGGGUGCGGCUGCAACCAGUACGCAAUCGAACAUGUUUUUGGACGCUGAGGCUUUUGUUUCUCGCUUUCUAUGCCGAGACUCUAAGAGCGGCCCAGCGUCAACGUGUGCUCCUCGCCCUCCACCUUCACCUUUAACCGAUGCUUCUUUUUACGACGCAGUCAGUGCGUGCACUCUUGAAGCUCCCGUGAGUGGCGAGUGCAUCACGUAUGGUUUUUCCACGACUAAUUUUGGCACCAUGCCGAACUGGGACGUUCAAUACGUCACAGACAUGUCUUACUCGUUCAAGAACGAGCCUGUUUUUGACGGUGAUAUAUCCUCUUGGAAUACAUCGAGCGUCACGAGUAUGCGCGAAAUGUUUCACUUUGCGACUUCCUUCAACCGCGCUAUUGGCGGAUGGAACACGUCAAAAGUGACCGAUAUUCAAUCGAUGUUUUCGAAUGCGCAAAGUUUCAACCAGCCGCUGAACACGUGGGACACGUCGAGCGUCACUACUAUGUACUCCACUUUUGCAAACGCGCAAAGUUUCAAUCAACCGCUUCAUUAUUGGGACACUUCCUCGGUUUUAACUAUGUAUGCGAUGUUCGAUAACGCAUGGGUGUUUGAUCAAAAUCUGAAAUCAUGGAAAUUUUCCGUCGUGACAAAUAUGGAUUGGAUGUUUCAUCAGAGCAAAUCCUUUUCGAGAAGCUUAGAGAGUUGGAGCGGACAGAUAUUGAGCGAACGACAAGAAGGCAUAUUCUUGGGCGCAACGCAAUUCAACAGCACGUUUGCAUGUGCAAAUGAAAGUAAUGGCCCAAUCAGUAGUUGUGCGCGCCGAUUUCUUUGUAGCUCUUGUAUCAGCGAUAAUGCCGCAUUUAUCAACGCGAUCAGCUCGUGCUUGUCGAUAGAGAGUAAUGGUUUGUGUUAUAGUAGUCCAUAUGGAGCUAUGCCUGAUUGGGACGUGAGCGAAGUGACGAGUAUGAGAGAUCCUUUCCAAUCCAUCUCGUCCAGCGUUCGGUCUCAAUUUAAUGCCGACUUGUCGCGUUGGGACGUAAGCGCAGUCACGGAUAUGGGAUACCUUUUCAACGGAUUCACAAUUUUUAACGCCGACUUGUCUCGUUGGGACGUGAGCGCCGUCACGGAUAUGCAAUACCUUUUCAACGGAUGCAGGGCUUUCAACGGAGACAUUUCAAACUGGGACGUGAGCUCUGUGACUCGUAUGCAAUACAUGUUCCAAUCGACGAGCUCGUUCACGCGAGAUAUCAACAGUUGGAACAUACAAAGAGUGACUAGUUUUGAAGGUUUUCUGUACGCUUCGUAUUCGAAUCCGAAGUUAUCUAAUUGGAACGUGUCCCAAACGAGGAAUGUGAAUCAACUUUUCGAUCACGCGUACUCUUUCGACCAGAAUAUCAGUCGUUGGGACGUGUCGAGCGCGACGAGCAUGAGGUAUAUGUUUCGCAACGCGGAUAGUUUCAACUACGACUUGGACGCGUGGGAUACGUCGAGAGUGACUGAUAUGUAUGCGAUGUUCAAUGGUGCAAAUAUAUUUAACGGCAAAAUUGGUUCGUGGGACGUGUCUGAGGUGACAAAUAUGGGAUACAUGUUUUAUUCCGCGAGCGUAUUCAAUCAGCCCAUUGGCCAAUGGGACGUAUCAAAGGUGACAAAUAUGGAAUUCAUGUUUUAUUCCGCGAGCGUAUUCAAUCAGCCCAUUGGCCAAUGGGACGUAUCAAAGGUGACAAAUAUUGAAUACAUGUUUCAUUCCGCGAGCGUAUUCAAUCAGCCCAUUGGCCAAUGGGAUGUCUCUAAAGUAACAUCACUUUCUCACACUUUCUACAAGGCAUUUGCUUUCGCUCAGGAUUUAUCGAUCUGGACAGGAAGUGCAACGGAAACUUUACAGACCAAUAUGCUUUCAAGCGCGACGGCAUUUCACGCGAAAUAUUUGUGUCCUGAUGUGUCCGGUGGCCCUCUUAAGUGGUGCGUGUGCAAAUCAGAAUGUCCUGCUUCUUCUCCGCCUCCGCAGUUACCAAAAAUCGUUCUCACUGACGCAAACAUCCACUCCGCCAUUGAAACGUGUUUUUAUUCAAAUGGUGGCGCUCAUAGAACGGAUGGAAUGUGCUCUUCCACAGAAUUUGGCGCCAUGCCAGAUUGGGACGUGAGCAGAGUGAAAGACAUGACAAGUUUGUUCUCUGGAUAUUCCACUUUUAAUGCAAAUAUCUCUAGAUGGGAUGUGAGUGCAGUCAAAGAUAUGAGUGACAUGUUUUAUCAGGCGAACUCUUUUAAGCAGGACUUGAAUAAUUGGCAAACGACAAGUUUGACGAAAAUGUACCGAAUAUUUCGAGAAUCCAAUGCAAAUCCAAAAAUUAGCAAUUGGGACGUUUCUUCUGUUACAUCUAUGCAGAACGUUUUCCAGGACGCUUACGGGUUCAAUUGCGACAUAAGCGGAUGGGACGUUUCUCGGGUGGUUACAAUGCAGCAAAUGUUCCUCAGAGCUCGUAAAUUCAAUCAAGACUUGAAUUCUUGGAACACGUCGAGCGUGACAAAGAUGAACGAAAUGUUUAGGGAAGCCCAAGUUUUCAAUAGCAGGAUAAGUUCGUGGGAUGUGUCUAAAGUUGAAGAUGUGAAUUAUAUGUUCUAUAGCGCAGCUAAAUUUAACCAAAAUAUUGAACACUGGGAUGUCUCGAGUGUCACAGAUAUGAGAUAUAUGUUUUACCGCACAUACAAGUUUGAUCAAGAUUUAAAUUUGUGGGAUACUUCAAAAGUGAAGAGCAUGAAGGGGAUGUUUUACCACGCGUACGAUUUUAACCAUCCUGUCGGUGAUUGGGAUGUUUCUCAAGUAACGGAUAUGCAAGAGAUGUUCCGGCUUGCUCGUUCGUUUAAUCAGCCUAUCAAAGAUUGGGACGUUUCCCAGGUGACAGAUAUGCGAUACAUGUUUUAUGGUGCGAAUGCUUUUGCGCAGAGCCUUCAGAAUUGGCCGGAAACACCAACUACGAGUUCAACGAGUAACAACAAUGUUCAAAUGUUUUACGAGAGUACUGCGUUCCGCUCAAAGUUCUCGUGCCCGAGUGAGGACAACGGGCCACCUAUAAAAUGCACGUGUUCAAAUGCAAAGCUCUGCAUUUUUGACUCGACUUUCGCUUAUUCUGUUUCAUCUUGUCUCAGAGAGGCUCCGGUUGAUGGCAAUUGUUAUUAUUACGGGACCACUUUUACCAGUUUUGGCCUCUUAUCAGAUUGGGACGUUUCGCGAGUGACUAACAUGUCUUUUGCGUUUAAAGGGUCUGAAAAGUUCAACGGCGACCUUUCCAAGUGGCAAACCACGAGCGCUACGAGUAUGGAUGAAAUGUUUUCCGGAGCGCUUUCGUUUACUGGAUCGUCGCUUGGAGAAUGGGAUACUUCAAGCGUGGUGAGUAUGAGCGGUAUGUUUGAAGACGCCAUCUCCUUCAAUCAGCCGCUUUCUCUUUGGGACACUUCUCAAGUGACUGAUAUGUCUAGCAUGUUUUUAAACGCCACCUCUUUUAAUCAGCCGCUUUCUCUUUGGGAUACUUCUCAAGUGACUGAUAUGUCUAGCAUGUUUGAGAGCGCCGUUUCUUUCGCUCAGCCUGUUUGUUUUUGGACUGGAUCGGCAGCGACGAGCUCGAGCGGCUCCACUUCUAUCUUUGCUUCUGCGAGUUCGUUUUUGGAAAAGUAUUCGUGUGAUUCCGCUGUCGAUGGUCCGGUGAAUACGUGCACGUGCUCCAAUCCUGUUUUCUGUGUGAGCGAUGCUGUCUUCUUGAGCGCCGUUUCGGCGUGCCUUGCCGAGUCUCCCGCGCUUGGCUUGUGUCCGACCUACGGUACGAUGACUACGCAGUUCGGAGCUUCUAUGUCUAUUUGGGAUACCUCUUUAGUGACGAACAUGUCUCACGCGUUUGAGCAGGCGACGUCUUUUAACGGCGAUAUUUCCUCCUGGAAUACAGUCAGCGUGACGAGUAUGUCUUCUAUGUUCUUCAACGCGUCAUCGUUUGCCGGUGAUAUCUUGGGAUGGACCGGCAGUGCAACGGAGAGUGCGCAAGUUGACAUGCUUUUUGGCGCUUCACAGUUUCAUCGCAAGUACAUUUGCUCGGACACUGUUCGCGGUCCUUUGAGCGCUUGCGUUGCUCGAGUAAAGCUAACCGAUGAAACUUUUUUUGGUGCGAGAACCUCGUGUUUGGAGGAAGAGCCGCUGAAGGGCGAUUGCACGACGUACGGUACCGUGGCGAAUAAAUACGGCGUCAUGUCUGAUUGGGACGUCAGUCUCGUGACAAAGAUGAACUCGGCGUUCCAAUCCAAGACUACUUUCAACGGCGAUAUUUCGAAUUGGGAUGUGAGCUCUGUCGUGACUAUGAGCCAAAUGUUUUACAGUGCGAACUCGUUUACUCAAGACUUGAGUAGCUGGCAGACGUCGAGUCUCACGAGUAUGUACAGAAUAAUGUAUGCUUCGUAUGCGAAUAUAGACGUGAGUAAUUGGGACGUUUCGAACGUUCGAAAUAUGGAUCGUGUUUUUGACAACGCGUACUCUUUCAAUAAGGAUAUAAGCAGCUGGGACGUGUCGAGCGUCACGAGUAUGAAUUACAUGUUCAAAAGUGCUCAUAUUUUCAACCAAGAUUUGAACAACUGGGAUACAUCGAGUGUUACUGCAAUGAGCGAAAUGUUCAACGGUGCAAUCAGAUUCAACCAACCUUUGCGUAGCUGGAUCACAUCAAGCGUGACUGAUAUGAGCUACAUGUUUUAUAAUGCAAUUGCCUUCAAUGGAGAUAUGAAUGGUUGGGACACAUCGAGCGUGACCACAAUGACGCACAUGUUUUCGAUGGCGACACUCUUUAAUCAAGACCUUGAUGCUUGGACAUCCGUGUCGAGUGUUACAAGCAUGGAAAGCAUGUUUAACGGCGCUUCUAAUUUCAACGGGAAGAUCAGCACGUGGGAUGUUUCUUCAGUACACAUGGGGUACAUGUUUUAUAACGCGAAGAAGUUCAACCAACCGAUUGGAAACUGGGACGUCUCGAAAGUAACCACGUUUGACAAUGCUUUCUCGUAUGCUUCUGCUUUUACUCAAGAUUUAUCCAAGUGGACUGGAAGCAAAGCGGAAACUACGCAGAGUAAUGUAUUUUUAGGUGCGACGGCAUUUCAGGCGAAAUAUUGGUGUCCUGAUACGAACAGUGGUCCCAUUAAAUUUUGUCAGUGUAAAGCAGACUGUCCUCCUUCGCCCUCUCCGCCACCUUCAUCUUCUUUUGAGAAAACUGCAAUCACGACUGAUAACAUCAAAACAGCCGCGCAGACGUGCUUGUAUUCCAAUAUAGGUGCACACGUUUCAAACGGUUUGUGCGCGGCUACGGAAUACGGGUCUAUGCCUGAUUGGGACGUGAGCAAAGUGACGAGUAUGCGUGGGCUCUUCGGAUCCAUCUUGUCUAGCGUUCGGUCUCAAUUUAACGCCGACUUGUCUCGUUGGGACGUGAGCGCCGUCACGGAUAUGCAAUACCUUUUCAACGGAUGCACGGCUUUCAACGGAAACAUUUCAAACUGGGACGUGAGCUCUGUGACUCGUAUGCAACACAUGUUCCAAUCGACGAGCUCGUUCACGCGAGAUAUCAACAGUUGGAACAUACAAAGAGUGACUAGUUUUGAAGGUUUUCUGUACGCUUCGUAUUCGAAUCCGAAGUUAUCUAAUUGGAACGUGUCCCAAACGAGGAAUAUGAAUCAACUUUUCGAUCACGCGUACUCUUUCGACCAGAAUAUCAGUCGUUGGGACGUGUCGAGCGCGACGAGCAUGAGUUAUAUGUUUCGCAACGCGGAUAGUUUCAACUACGACUUGGACGCGUGGGAUACGUCGAGAGUGACAAGUAUGUAUGCGAUGUUCAAUGGUGCAGAUAUAUUCAACGGCAAAAUUGGUUCGUGGGACGUGUCUGAGGUGACAAAUAUGGAAUACAUGUUUCGUCAAACUUCUGCAUUUAAUCAGCCCAUUGGCCAAUGGGACGUAUCAAAGGUGACAAAUAUGCACUACAUGUUCCAAUCUGCGAGCGUAUUCAAUCAGCCCAUUGGCCAAUGGGACGUAUCAAAGGUGAGAAAUAUGCAAUACAUGUUCCAAUCUGCGCCUGCGUUUGCGCAAAGCCUCGAAAGUUGGCCGGAGACGUCGUAUACUCUUGCGACGAAUCAUAACGGAGCGACACAUGAAAUGUUCAACGGCGCCACUGCGUUCCGCUCUAAGUUCUCGUGCCCGAGUGGAAAUUACGGUCCGCCUGUAAAAUGCACGUGUACUUUGAGCUGCCCUUUGUUGGACUCUGUGUUUACGACACAAAUUGACAUCUGUUUACAAGCCAGUCCUGUUCACGGUUUGUGUUCUGACAGCGCGCCAAAGUACGGGGCUAUGCCCGACUGGGACGUAUCGGAAGUGACGAACAUGUCUCACGCGUUUCGAGACUUGGCUUCUUUCGACGCAGACCUAUCCAAGUGGGAGGUUUCUCAAGUCACGGACAUGGAGUACAUGUUUCACGGCGCGUCUUCUUUCUCUUCGGAUAUUUCAGCCUGGGACACCUCCAGAGUAACGAACAUGCAAAACAUGUUUCACGGCGCGUCGUCUUUUCGUUCGUUCGUCUCGGACUGGAAGGGUGCGGCUGCAACCAGUACGCAAUCGAACAUGUUUUUGGACGCUGAGGCUUUUGUUUCUCGCUUUCUAUGCCGAGACUCUAAGAGCGGCCCAGCGUCAACGUGUGCUCCUCGCCCUCCACCUUCACCUUUAACCGAUGCUUCUUUUUACGACGCAGUCAGUGCGUGCACUCUUGAAGCUCCCGUGAGUGGCGAGUGCAUCACGUAUGGUUUUUCCACGACUAAUUUUGGCACCAUGCCGAACUGGGACGUUCAAUACGUCACAGACAUGUCUUACUCGUUCAAGAACGAGCCUGUUUUUGACGGUGAUAUAUCCUCUUGGAAUACAUCGAGCGUCACGAGUAUGCGCGAAAUGUUUCACUUUGCGACUUCCUUCAACCGCGCUAUUGGCGGAUGGAACACGUCGAGCGUCACUUCUAUGUACUCCACUUUUGCAAACGCGCAAAGUUUCAAUCAACCGCUUCGUUAUUGGGACACGUCUAGAGUAGCCCGCGCUGAAAAAAUGUUUUCAGGCGCCUCUUCCUUUGCGCGGAGACUUUAUCUUCCAAGCUCGGCUAUUCAGACUGGCAUAUUCUCUGGUUGCGUCGCAUUUCACGAGAAGUACUCGUGUUCGACUGAAAACGAUGGCCCAGCGGAUUCGUGCGAAUUCAAAUUCAAAGUAGAACAAGCGAACUUCCAAACUGCCGUGAAUUCGUGUUUGGAGGAAGAACGACUGAUGAAGGGCGAUGGUGCCAUUCUGAAGGGCGAUUGCACGACGUACGGUACCGUGACGAAUAAAUACGGCGUCAUGUCUGAUUGGGACGUCAGUCUCGUGACAAAGAUGAACUCGGCGUUCCAAUCCAAGACUACUUUCAACGGCGAUAUUUCGAAUUGGGAUGUGAGCUCUGUCGUGGAUAUGGACUACAUGUUUUACAGUGCGAACUCGUUUAACGGCGAUAUUUCGAAUUGGGAUGUGAGCUCUGUCGUGACCAUGAGCCACAUGUUUUACAGUGCGAACUCGUUUACUCAAGACUUGAGUAGCUGGCAGACGUCGAGUCUCACGAGUAUGUACAGAAUAAUGUAUGCUUCGUAUGCGAAUAUAGACGUGAGUAAUUGGGACGUUUCGAACGUUCGAAAUAUGGAUCGUGUUUUUGACAACGCGUACUCUUUCAAUAAGGAUAUAAGCAGCUGGGACGUGUCGAGCGUCACGAGUAUGAAUUACAUGUUCAACGAAGCAAAAUCGUUCAAUCGAGAUUUGGAUGCAUGGGAUACGUCCAGCGUGACUGAUAUGCAGUACAUGUUCAAUGAAGCGCAUGUUUUUAACGGCAAAGUGGGUUCUUGGGACGUGUCGAAGCUGACGACUUUGUCGCACAUGUUUUAUAACGCGAAGAAGUUUAACCAACCGGUUGGAAACUGGGACGUCUCGAAAGUAACCGCGUUUGACAAUGCUUUUGCGUAUGCUUCUGCUUUUGCUCAAGAUUUAUCCAAAUGGACUGGGAGUGGCGUGGAAACUACACAGAGUAAUAUAUUUUAUGGUGCGUAUGCAUUUCAGGCGAAAUAUUGGUGUCCUGAUGCGAACAGUGGUCCCAUUAAAUUUUGUCAGUGUAAAGCAGACUGUCCUCCUUCGCCUUCUCCGCCACCUUCAUCUUCUUUUGAGAAAACUGCAAUCACGACUGAUAACAUCAAAACAGCCGCGCAGACGUGCUUGUAUUCCAAUAUAGGUGCACACGUUUCAAACGGUUUGUGCGCGGCUACGGAAUACGGGUCUAUGCCUGAUUGGGACGUGAGCAAAGUGACGAGUAUGCGUGAGCUCUUCGGAUCCAUCUUGUCUAGCGUUCGGUCUCAAUUUAACGCCGACUUGUCUCGUUGGGACGUGAGCGCCGUCACGGAUAUGCAAUACCUUUUCAACGGAUGCACGGCUUUCAACGGAAACAUUUCAAACUGGGACGUGAGCUCUGUGACUCGUAUGCAACACAUGUUCCAAUCGACGAGCUCGUUCACGCGAGAUAUCAACAGUUGGAACAUACAAAGAGUGACUAGUUUUGAAGGUUUUCUGUACGAUUCGUAUUCGAAUCCGAAGUUGUCUAAUUGGAACGUGUCCCAAACGAGGAAUAUGAAUCAACUUUUCGAUCACGCGUACUCUUUCGACCAGAAUAUCAGUCAUUGGGACGUGUCGAGCGCGACGAGCAUGAGUUAUAUGUUUCGCAACGCGGAUAGUUUCAACUACGACUUGGACGCGUGGGAUACGUCGAGAGUGACAAGUAUGUAUGCGAUGUUCAAUGGUGCAGAUAUAUUCAACGGCAAAAUUGGUUCGUGGGACGUGUCUGAGGUGACAAAUAUGGGAUACAUGUUUUAUGAAACUUCUGCAUUUAAUCAGCCCAUUGGCCAAUGGGACGUAUCAAAGGUGACAAAUAUGGAAUUCAUGUUUUAUUCCGCGAGCGUAUUCAAUCAGCCCAUUGGCCAAUGGGACGUAUCAAAGGUGACAAAUAUGCACUACAUGUUCCAAUCUGCGAGCGUAUUCAAUCAGCCCAUUGGCCAAUGGGACGUAUCAAAGGUGACAAAUAUGCAAUACAUGUUCCGAUCUGCGCCUGCGUUUGCGCAAAGCCUCGAAAGUUGGCCGGAGACGACGUCUACUCUUGCGACGAAUCAUAACGGACCGACAUAUGAAAUGUUCAACGGCGCCACUGCGUUCCGCUCUAAGUUCUCGUGCCCGAGUGGAAAUUACGGUCCACCUGUGAGUUGUAUUUGUAAUGAAGGCAGGUGCCUUGAGAAUGCAAAUUUCCGAGCAGCGCUUGACGCAUGCUUGUUUGAAUCUCAGGUUGCAGGAAAUUGCGAUACGUACGGUACUGAGACGACAGAUUUUGGCCUCUUAUCGGAUUGGGACGUUUCGCGAGUGACUAACAUGUCUUUUGCGUUUAAAGGGUCUGAAAAGUUCAACGGCGACCUUUCCAAGUGGCAAACCACGAGCGCUACGAGUAUGGAUGAAAUGUUUUCCGGAGCGCUUUCGUUUACUGGAUCGUCGCUUGGAGAAUGGGAUACUUCAAGCGUGGUGAGUAUGAGCGGUAUGUUUGAAGACGCCAUCUCCUUCAAUCAGCCGCUUUCUCUUUGGGACACUUCUCAAGUGACUGAUAUGUCUAGCAUGUUUUUAAACGCCACCUCUUUUAAUCAGCCGCUUUCUCUUUGGGAUACUUCUCAAGUGACUGAUAUGUCUAGCAUGUUUGAGAGCGCCGUUUCUUUCGCUCAGCCUGUUUAUUUUUGGACUGGAUCGGCAGCGACGAGCUCGAGCGGCUCCACUUCUAUCUUUGCUUCUGCGAGUUCGUUUUUGGAAAAGUAUUCGUGUGAUUCCGCUGUCGAUGGUCCGGUGAAUACGUGCACGUGCUCCAAUCCUGUUUUCUGUGUGAGCGAUGCUGUCUUCUUGAGCGCCGUUUCGGCGUGCCUUGCCGAGUCUCCCGCGCUUGGCUUGUGUCCGACCUACGGUACGAUGACUACGCAGUUCGGAGCUUCUAUGUCUAUUUGGGAUACCUCUUUAGUGACGAACAUGUCUCACGCGUUUGAGCAGGCGACGUCUUUUAACGGCGAUAUUUCCUCCUGGAAUACAGUCAGCGUGACGAGUAUGUCUUCUAUGUUCUUCAACGCGUCAUCGUUUGCCGGUGAUAUCUUGGGAUGGACCGGCAGUGCAACGGAGAGUGCGCAAGUUGACAUGCUUUUUGGCGCUUCACAGUUUCAUCGCAAGUACAUUUGCUCGGACACUGUUCGCGGUCCUUUGAGCGCUUGCGUUGCUCGAGUAAAGCUAACCGAUGAAACUUUUUUUGAUGCGAGAACCUCGUGUUUGGAGGAAGAGCCGCUGAAGGGCGAUUGCACGACGUACGGUACCGUGGCGAAUAAAUACGGCGUCAUGUCUGAUUGGGACGUCAGUCUCGUGACAAAGAUGAACUCGGCGUUCCAAUCCAAGACUACUUUCAACGGCGAUAUUUCGAAUUGGGAUGUGAGCUCUGUCGUGACUAUGAGCCAAAUGUUUUACAGUGCGAACUCGUUUACUCAAGACUUGAGUAGCUGGCAGACGUCGAGUCUCACGAGUAUGUACAGAAUAAUGUAUGCUUCGUAUGCGAAUAUAGACGUGAGUAAUUGGGACGUUUCGAACGUUCGAAAUAUGGAUCGUGUUUUUGACAACGCGUACUCUUUCAAUAAGAAUAUAAGCAGCUGGGACGUGUCGAGCGUCACGAGUAUGCAAUACAUGUUCAAAAGUGCUCUUAUUUUCAACCAAGAUUUGAACAACUGGGAUACAUCGAGCGUUACUGCAAUGAACGAAAUGUUCAACGGUGCUCUUGAAUUUGAUGGUAAAAUAGGCAAUUGGGACAUUUCCAAUAUUCAAAACAUGUGGGCUUUUUUCCAUACUGCCAAAAAAUUUAAUCAAGAUAUUGGAAACUGGGAUGUAUCUAGAGUGACUAAUAUGGGAUAUGUUUUCCACAAUGCCGAGGCGUUUAAUCGAGAUAUUAGUGCUUGGGACACGUCAAAAGUUACAAACAUGGAAUCGAUGUUCAGGAAUGCGUACGAUUUCAAUCAAGAUAUUGGAAGCUGGGAUGUUUCGCAAGUGAACAAUUUUGAGCAUACUUUUGCCAGCGCGAGUUCUUUCGUGCAAGACUUAUCUUCAUGGACUGGUAGUGCAGCUGAGACUGUCCAAACGAACGUUUUUAAUGGCGCUACUGCGUUUCAGUUGAAAUAUUCUUGUUUCCAGGCAAAUAAUGGUCCCAUCAAAUACUGUGAAUGUAAAGCGGACUGCCCAACAUCUCCACCUCUAUCAAGCGAAUCGAGAACUCUCUUAACAGAUGAUAAUAUUAAAUCUGCCAUAAACGUGUGCAUGUACUCGGGUGGUGGCUCUCAUAUUUCAGACGGUCUGUGCUCAUCUACAGAAUACGGUGCCAUGCCAGAUUGGGACGUUAGCAAGGUAACAAAUAUGACUUUUAUUUUCGAAGGAGUCAGAAGUCUUAUUAGCUCGCAGUUCAACGCGGAUUUAUCGCGUUGGAAUGUGAGCGCUGUCAAAGAAAUGCGAGGAUUGUUCUACAGCUUGAGCUCUUUUAACGCGAAUAUUUCGAGUUGGAACGUCAGUUCGGUCAGGGACAUGAGUAACAUGUUUGAAAGUGCAAACGCUUUCACUCAAGAUUUGAGAGACUGGGAUACCUCGAGUCUUACACGUUUGGACCGUAUAUUCUAUACUUCGAAUGCGAAUCCGAAAGUUGCAGACUGGGACGUUUCGAGGGUCACGAAUAUGGCGAGUGUUUUUAGCCACGCGUAUUCUUUCAACCAGGAUAUCAGUUCUUGGGAUGUCUCGUCUGUAACAACCAUGUCUGAAAUGUUUCACAAUGCGCAUGCUUUCAACCAAGACUUAGAAUCGUGGAAUACGACGCUUGUUACAUCUAUGUAUCAUAUGUUCGCAAGGACAAGGUCCUUCAACGGUAAAAUAGGGUCUUGGGACGUAUCUCAUGUUACUAAUAUGGAAUGGAUGUUUUACAACGCAAAAGCUUUCAACCAACCUGUCGGGAAAUGGGACGUUUCGCGAGUUCAGAAUAUGAAUUAUAUGUUUUGGUCUGCUAUAGUAUUCGACCAGAACUUAGCUACCUGGCCGGAAACGUAUGUGACAUCGAAUGCCGUAAGUUUGUUUGUUUAUCAGGCUCCUGCGUUUGAAUUGAAAUAUUCGUGUCCAAAUUCUUAUAAUGGUCCCCCAAUUAAGUGCGUAUGCAAGGAAGGUGGUUGUUUAGACAAUACAAACUUCAAAGCUUCAAUUGAGGCGUGUCUGGCUGAGUCUCCAGAGGAUGGAAAAUGCUUUUCUUAUGGUACGAUCACUACAGAUUUCGGCAUCAUGGAAGAUUGGGACACAAGCUCGGUUAUCGAUAUGUCGUUCGCGUUUGGGGCAAACUGUGAUAAUUUUGCGACUGAUUGCAAUCGCUCGUAUUCAGCCAUUUUCAACGCAGACAUCUCUCGCUGGAAUACAAGCAGCGUAAAAACUAUGCGCGGCAUGUUUAAUACGGCUACCACCUUUAAUCAAUCAAUUGGAUCUUGGAACGUUUCUCAAGUAACGGAUAUGUCUAGCAUGUUUGAGGGGGCGAAAAGCUUCAACUUGACCUUAUCGGACUGGGAUACAUCCAUGGUAACCAGCAUGGAACGCAUGUUUGCAGAUUCAAUUUCGUAUUCUCAAACUGUAGUUCUUUGGGACACUACCAGUGUAGAUAACACUACGAGCAUGUUUCUCGGAGCUACUGCAUUUUUGUCCGUGCAUGUUUGCGGCGAAGAUGGACCUCCAGAGAAUUGCACGUGUAUCGAAUGUUUAACUGAUUCCACCUUUAAUGCUUCUCUUGCUUCGUGCCUGGCGGAAGACCCGGAGUACGGUUUGUGCGAAACAUUCGGCACUUCGAGCGGUUUUGGAGUAAUGCCUGAAUGGAACGUUCGCUUUGUCAGUGACAUGCGAGGAGCUUUUCAAGAUAGAUCGACAUUCAACGGCGACAUUACCCUUUGGGACACGAGUAGUGUGACAAAUAUGGAAUCCAUGUUCGAAAAUGCAAUAAAUUUUGCUCGGGAGAUCUCAGUAUGGAAAGGGUUCGCGGCGAGAUCUUCACAACAUGGUAUUUUUCUCGGAGCUUAUGAAUACCACGCGAAGUUUGAAUGUAAAGACGAGAUGGUAUUGAAUUCAUGUAAGCAACGAAUGAGUAAAACUUUACUGAGUGAUGUAACUUUUAAAUUUGCCAUUACCAAAUGUCUAGAAGAGGCGCCGAUUUCCGGUGAUUGUCAAAUUUACGGGAAAUCCACGACGAAUUUUGACAUCAUGUCAAACUGGGAUACUAGUUUGGUAACGAACAUGGGGAGUGCGUUUGAGAACAAAGUUGAGUUCAAUGGCGAUAUUUCUCGGUGGGAUACUUCGAAUGUCGUUUUUAUGGACAAGCUAUUUCUCAACGCAGCUUCGUUUAACAAGCCUUUGACAUUUUGGAGUACGACUAAAGUACUCACCAUGGAGCGCAUGUUUGAAGGUGCGAGUGCUUUCGAUCGCGAUGUUACAUUCUUAGUUACGUCUAGUGAUACCAACACGGAUGGAAUGUUUACUGAUGCGAAUUCUUUUCUUGCCAAGUUCAAAUGUGAGAUUAUGAUCAGCGGACCGCCAAGUUCGUGCUUGUGCUCUCGCGAAUUAGACUGUUGCGUCGGACAAGCUUGCGAAUUGGAACUCGACGACAUGAAUUUGAUGGAUGCAGUUUCUGAAUGCUUGCUCGAGGACCCUAUUUAUGGAUUGUGCGAAAGAUUUGGUUCAAGGCGAAAGCUCGGAAUAAUGCCAGAUUGGGACGUUGGUCGAGUUACGAACAUGCAAAGUGUUUUUGCCAUGAGAGAAAAUUUCAACGGUAACAUAUCCGCGUGGAACGUUUCGAGCGUCACGAGUAUGUACCAAAUGUUUAAAUUUGCUCGUUCUUUUAACGGAGACAUCGGUACAUGGGAUACUUCGAAAGUUACAAAUAUGGAGCGAAUGUUUCAUGGCGCGUCGAAAUUUGACCAAUAUAUUUUGAUGUGGACUGGCGCGGCGGCUACCAGCGAGCAGUCUGGAAUUUUCACCGAGGCUUUAGCUUUUCAAACGAGAUUUAAUUGCAGCGGUAUCGAGGAAGCAGGAGCGAAUGUCGUGUGGAACGGUCCGCUUUCUUCGUGCGAUUGUAAAUAUUCAUGCCCGUUGACAGAUGAUACAAUUGCAUCUGGGGUCUCUGAAUGUUUACUCUCUCACCCCAUGGAUGGGUUGUGCUCCUCAGAUACUUUAUACGGUGCUAUGCCAAACUGGGAUGUCUCUCUCGUCACGAACAUGAGCGGUUUAUUUGAGGAUUAUGAAUUCUUCAACGGCGAUAUUUCUAAAUGGAUUACCUCAAGUGUAACCAACAUGGAAUCUAUGUUUUCUGGAGCAACUUCGUUUAACCAGGAUAUCUCUGCAGCUUGGCAGGGACCGGCCACAGAAACGACACAGACUGAUAUGUUUGCUGGCGCAACUGCUUUUCAAGCCGCGUUCAAAUGCGUAGACGUAAUAAACGGACCGUUGAAUCAGUGUUACUGCAUCGAUUGUUUAACUGAUUCCAUAUUUAUGUCUUCUCUUGCUUCGUGCCUGGCGGAAGACCCGGAGUACGGUUUGUGCGAAACAUUCGGCACUUCGAGCGGUUUUGGAGUAAUGCCUGAAUGGAACGUUCGCUUUGUCAGUGACAUGCGAGGAGCUUUUCAAGAUAGAUCGACAUUCAACGGCGACAUUACCCUUUGGGACACGAGUAGUGUGACAAAUAUGGAAUCCAUGUUCGAAAAUGCAAUAAGUUUUGCCCGAGGGAUUGGAACCUGGCGAGGAGUAGCAACUUUGACCCCACAAAUAAAUAUGUUCCGUAACGCUUCAGCUUUCCAAGAUACGUUUUCAUGCAAAAAGUACAAUUCUGGACCCGCACAAACUUGCGUGAUUCCUUUAAAUGAUGCGAACUUUUACGACGCCAUUUCAUCGUUGUGCUUAGGGAGAAAUGACAAGAUUGGAGCGUGCCCUCUAUCAAAAUAUGGAGAAGUUCCUCACUGGGAUGUUUCAAAAGUAACUAAUAUGCGCGGAGCAUUUUCAAACUACGAAGUCUUCAAUGCCGAUAUUUCAAGUUGGGAUGUUUCAAGCGUUACAGACAUGGGAUAUAUGUUUUACAACUCGCAAUUCUUCAAUCAAAACAUUGGGACGUGGGACACUUCAAACGUUGAGAAUAUGGAAAAGAUGUUUUCAUUUGCGAAAAACUUCAAUGCAAACAUCAACAGAUGGAACGUCGAGAAAGUCACGAAAAUGACAGGCAUGUUUUGGAAAGCUGAAAAGUUUAACCAACCGUUACAUGACUGGGAAACUUCUAAUGCUAUAGACGCUGAAGAAAUGUUCCUCAUGACUCCGAAUUUUAUGCGUAAUAUCUCGAUGUGGAAAGGUGCAAUUGGAUCGGCGCCGCAGUCGCUUAUAUUCUAUGAAGCGACGAAAUUUAUAUCCAAGUAUGAGUGCACUGAUGCAAAUAGUGGACCAGUUAAUUCAUGUGUGUGUGUUUCGGGCUGUAUUUUGGACUCCACAUUUCAUGCCGCCAUCAAUGAAUGUUUGGAAGAAGACCCCUUCUUUGGUAUCUGCACAUCAUACGGAGAGACGAGUAAAUACGGAGUCAUCUCUGAAUGGGACGUGAGCGCGGUGACAAACAUGCAAGCUGCAUUCUUAGGGCGGCACCAAUUCAAUGGUGACAUUUCCUCUUGGGAUACGUCAUCCGUCACGAGCAUGGCAUCUAUGUUUGACUCGAAUUCGACCGAUUAUGGCAUGAUAUUCAAUCAGGAUUUGAGUCGUUGGGACACAUCGAAAGUGCUAGAAAUGAAUGCGAUGUUUGCACAUUGCUGGCAAUUUGAUUCUGAUCUCAGUUUGUGGGAUACUUCAAGCGCGACUGAUAUGGACGGGAUGUUUGCUGAUGCGAGAGCUUUUCAAUGGGAUAUAUCCACGUGGCAAGGAAGUGCGGCAAGGAAUUUCAGUCGAGGUAUCUUUGCAGACGCUUCCGCGUUCAUCUCAAAAUUCGCAUGCUCGGAUGGCACCGAUGGGCCAAUAACUUCGUGCGCAUGCAGAACACACAGCGAGUGUGGAUUACGUAGCACUACAUUUUUUGCUGCUAUCAGUGCAUGCUUGAAAGAAUCUGCUGCCGAUGGAUUGUGUAAUUCAUACGGGGCAUUGAGUGGGUUUGGCACGAUGCCAAAUUGGGAUACGAGCGAGAUCACAAAUAUGAACGGUGCUUUUAGUAAUCGAGCCACGUUCAAUGCAGAUUUGUCGGGCUGGAUUAUUGCACAAGUUACGGACAUGCGAGAAAUGUUCCUUGGUGCGUCUCUUUUCAACGCAGAUAUUUCGAAAUGGGAUACGUCCAACGUGCGAGACAUGACGCGUAUGCUUGCGAACGCGACUUCUUUCAGUCAAGACAUCUCCGGGUGGAUAGGCUCUGCAUCUAACACUCCGCAAACUGAAAUCUUUUCGGGUGCAACUUCAUUCAAAGCUGAAUAUGUAUGCGAUGACAUCGACGACGGACCGAUAAGUUCAUGUUAUGAUCCAAGCUACUCUUUAACAGAUUCCUCGUUCACUCAGGCCAUACUUUCAUGCCUUGCAGAAUCUCCCGAGCGCGGUUUAUGCUCUGUUUGGGGAACUCAAACAACCAAGUAUGGCACUAUGCCCAGUUGGGACACGAGUCGAGUAACUUCAAUGAAAGAAGCCUUCCUUGGUUUGAGUUCUUUCAAUGCGGAUAUUUCUACCUGGGACACCUCGCAAGUGACUAACAUGCAGUACAUGUUUUCUGGAGCAUCUUCUUUCGACAAGGAUAUUUCUUCUUGGGAUACUUCUAAAGUGACGAAUAUGGGUAAUAUGUUUCAUGGCGCUUUUACUUUCAAUCAAAAAAUUGGAAGUUGGAACACAGCGCAGGUUACUAAUAUGUACGGAAUGUUUCUGUCCGCCAGAUUGAUUAAUCAAAAUAUUGGUAGUUGGGAUACGUCGUCAGUUACGAGCAUGCAGUAUAUGUUGCAGGGAGCGGAAUCGUUCAGUUACGACUUGUCAACAUUCAGCGAAACGAGUUUGGCUGAUUCGCGAGACAUUUUCAAGGAAGCAACUGUAUUUAACGCCAAAUUUAGUUGCGACAAUCAAAAUAAUGGCCCGCCGAGCUCGUGCGUUGAUCGGUCUCCAGCAAAUCCGACAUUUAUUACAGACUCGAACUUUUACGCUGCCAUAGAAACCUGUUUAUCUUUAGAUUUACAGUCUUACGCAGUGAAUGGUUUGUGCUAUGCGACUGAGUACGGGGCAAUGCCGGAUUGGGAUACCAGCCGUGUUACGAACAUGCGCGGAUGGUUGGGCAGGGAAUAUGUCGGCUUCGGUAAUAAUCCCAUUUUCAAUGGGGAUAUAUCGAGGUGGGACACAUCCCAAGUCACGAGCAUGUACGCCAUGUUUGUAGGAGCUGUUUCGUUCAAGAAAGACAUUUCGAUGUGGAACGAUUUAAAAGUAACAAACUUCAGAAAUAUGUUCACGAGAGCGACUGCUUUUCAAGAAAAAUUUGUAUGCGACGAUCCGAUAAGCGGUCCACCAAGUUCAUGCUAUGAUAGCACGAGCGCAUUGUUAGAUUCGAAUUUUAACGAUGCAGUUUUGGCGUGCUUGCAGGAAGCACCAGAGAAUGGUGAUUGCAAAAAUUAUGGAACAAAUGUAACUGCUCGCGGAAUCAUGCCGGCGUGGGAUACAUCUCGAGUUACGAAUAUGAAAGCAGCGUUCAAGGAUAAGAUUUCAUUCAACGGUGACAUUUCUGCUUGGGAUACGUCUCAAGUUACUGACAUGACUCAAAUGUUCGAGGGAGCGAAAUCUUUUAAUCAUGAUAUCGGAAAGUGGAAAACUGAUAAAGUUGUGAGCAUGGGGGCUAUGCUAUACAGAGCUUCUUCUUUCGACUUUGAUAUUUCAGGAUGGUCUGGAGAGGCGGCUUCGAGCGUUCAAGCACAAAUGGUCGAAGAAGCAACAGCAUUUAAUGCAAAAUUUUCGUGCUCGGAAGGAUCUAAGGGUCCCGCUUUUUCGUGCAUGUGUACGUCAGGGGUUUGUUCAUUAAGCGAUGGAUCGUUUGCAAAUGCAGUACGAGCUUGUCUUGCAGAAUCUCCCGAGCGCGGUUUAUGCUCUGUUUGGGGAACUCAAACAACCAAGUAUGGCACUAUGCCCAGUUGGGACACGAGUCGAGUAACUUCAAUGAAAGAAGCCUUCCUUGGUUUGAGUUCUUUCAAUGCGGAUAUUUCUACCUGGGACACCUCGCAAGUGACUAACAUGCAGUACAUGUUUUCUGGAGCAUCUUCUUUCGACAAGGAUAUUUCUUCUUGGGAUACUUCUAAAGUGACGAAUAUGGGUAAUAUGUUUCAUGGCGCUUUUACUUUCAAUCAAAAAAUUGGAAGUUGGAACACAGCGCAGGUUACUAAUAUGUACGGAAUGUUUCUGUCCGCCACAUCGUUUAACCAAUACAUAAGCAGUUGGAAUACUUCGGCUGUCGAAGACAUGACUCUGUUGUUCUUCCAGGCUUCUUCGUUUAAUAAGCCAGUGGCGCAAUGGGACAUUUCCAAGGUAACCAGUAUUUUUGGCAUGUUUUUUCAUGCAUCUACAUUUGAUCAACCUCUUAAUAUAUUGGAUACGUCUCAAGUCACGAAUAUGCAGUACGUAUUCUAUGGUGCUUCUUUAUUUAAUCAGCGUUUAGCUGAUUGGAAUGUAUCGAAAGUUACGAAUAUGUAUGGAAUGUUCCUUGGAGCGACGAAAUUCAAUCAAGAUAUAAGUGGGUGGGACACAUCAUUAGUAACGGAUAUGCGAUACUUAUUUUAUCAGGCUAGUUCGUUCCGAUACGAUAUAUCAGGAUGGAAUGGUGUGGCAACGAAGACUUUACAAGAUAACAUUUUUUACGACGCGAAGUCUUUUCAGGACAAAUUUUCAUGUUUAACAAAUGAUGACGGUCCGAUAAAUUCUUGCAUUUGUGUUUUAGACUGUCCAAACUAUUCAUCGCCUUCUCCUCCCCCGCCGCCGCCUUCCCCUCCUUCCCCACCGCCUCCGCUGCCCAUGUCGGCUCCACCUCCCACGAUUGAACUUACCGAUGAGAAUUUCUUCGUAGCGGUAGAAAAAUGUUUGACUAUGAAUAACUACGCACAUGCCGAGUUUGGCAUGUGCCGGGAAAGCGGUUAUGGUCCAAUGCCGUAUUGGAACACUGCAAAGGUGACAAAUAUGACUUUCGCUUUUUCCGGUAGAUCUAAGUUCAACGCGGAUAUUGCGCACUGGGACGUUUCGCAUGUUGUCGCAUUUGACAAUAUGUUUGAUGCCGCUGUAACUUUCAAUCAGAAGAUUUCAGGUUGGGUGACUUCAAGUGCGCUUUCCAUGAACGCAAUGUUCCGCAAAUCGGAGUCAUUUAAUCACGACAUUUCUGUAUGGAAUACUACUCUCGUUACCGAUAUGCGCAAUAUGUUUAACGGAGCAUUGCAAUUUAAUCAUGAUAUAUAUAAAUGGUCUGGUGCUGCGGCGUCAACGCCGCAAGAAGAUAUGCUUCUUGGUGCGACUGCUUUCAACGUCAAAUACUUGUGUGCAGUCGAGAACAACGCGCAAUCGUGUUCCUCCACUCGUCAAAGCUGGUCGGCACCGCCACCGAGCAAAUGGCUGCCUUCCCCGACGGCACUUCCACCUUCGCCAUUUCCUCCACCAUUUCCUCCUCCAAAACCUGUUUCGGAUACUACUUUUCGAGACGCUAUCGAAUCUUGCCUGUGGAAGGAUUCGAAAGAAAUCAUAGCUGAAGGGAUGUGUUAUUCGAGUGAGUUUGGCCCGAUGCCGAAGUGGGACACCAGUCUCGUCACAAACAUGUCGAAAGCCUUUUCUGGCUAUUCCAAUUUCAACGCCGAUAUUUCCGGCUGGGAUACGAGCAAUGUUGUGGACAUGAGCGCUAUGUUUGAAUCUGCGUCCUCGUUCAAUCAAAACAUUGGGGUCUCCUGGGAUACAUCGCAAGUGAGGAGCAUGGAAGAAAUGUUUUACCAAGCUUCUGCUUUCAAUCAGGACAUCGGGGGCUGGGACACAUCUCAGGUGACAAGUAUGAGGUACAUGUUCAGCGGUGAGUAUUACAACAAGAUGAUAUUCAAUGAGGACAUUGGCGGUUGGAACGUUGGGAACGUUGUUGACUUUGAGGGCAUGUUCCGUUUUGCCCAAAGUUUCAACCAAAAUAUUGGUUCUUGGUCAACCUCUCAGGCAACGAGCAUGGCUGGUAUGUUUGAAGGCGCGAUUGUAUUCAACCAAGACAUUUCAUCUUGGAACGUGUCUUCUGUGAUUGAUAUGAGAAGUAUGUUUGACGGAGCAUUGGUAUUUGAUAAGGACAUAACAAUCUGGACCGGAAUAGCUGCUCGUACACCGCAAGACGAUAUCUUCUUGAAUGCGAGUGCUUUUGUGGCGCGCUUUAAGUGUCCGAGCUCUAAUGAUGGCCCUAUCAACAGCUGUGAAUGUGUUUCAAAUUGUGCUGGCAUUCCGCCGUCAUCUGCACCUUCGCUAGGCACCGUACUUUCAGACGACAACUUUGCAUCGGCUGUUUCUGAAUGCCUUCGCGUCGCAUCGGGAAAUCAUGUUUCGGACGGUUUGUGUACUUCUGCGAGUUUUGGUUCUAUGCCAAGCUGGGACACCAGUCUGGUCACAAACAUGUCGAAUGCCUUUUCCCAAUAUCCUGACUUCAACGCCGAUAUUUCCGGCUGGGAUACGAGCAAUGUUGUGGACAUGAGCGCUAUGUUUGAAUCUGCUUCUUUGUUUGACCAGGACAUUAGUUCUUGGGUUACAUCAAAGGUGAGGAGCAUGACUCGCAUGUUUGCCGAUGCGUCCUCGUUCAAUCAAAACAUUGGGGUCUCGUGGGAUACAUCGCAAGUGAGGAGCAUGGAAGAAAUGUUUUACCAAGCUUCUGCUUUCAAUCAGGACAUCGGCUGGGACACAUCUCAGGUGACAAGUAUGAGGUACAUGUUCAGCGGUGAGUAUUACAACAAGAUGAUAUUCAAUGAGGACAUUGGCGGUUGGAACGUUGGGAACGUUGUUGACUUUGAGGGCAUGUUCCGUUUUGCCCAAAGUUUCAACCAAAAUAUUGGUUCUUGGUCAACCUCUCAGGCAACGAGCAUGGCUGGUAUGUUUGAAGGCGCGAUUGUAUUCAACCAAGACAUUUCAUCUUGGAACGUGUCUUCUGUGAUUAAUAUGAGAAGUAUGUUUGACGGAGCAUUGGUAUUUGAUAAGGACAUAACAAUCUGGACCGGAGUUGCAGCCGAAACUCUUCAACAGGGUAUUUUCGACCGAGCUCACGAAUUUCAAAGAAAGUUUUGGUGUCCGUACGAUGAUGAUGGUCCAGCCUCGUUUUGUUUGUGCCGUGCUGACUGCAUUGCUGAACGCAUUGCACCACUCAUUCCUUCUGUUGAAAGCAUAAUGCUUUCCUCUACCAAUGUAUCUAACGUAGAGUCAAAUGUGCACUAUGGAUCUAUGGGAUAUCCAAUUACUGAUGGGUUGAUUGCACCUAGCAUGUACAAUAUUCUCGAUAACAAUGAUGUUGUUUACGUAUGGAACUACUUCGAAAUCACCGAUGAAAAGUACCUGGCACGAGAUGCCGCCCAGCUCUUUGAUGGGAAAGUUGGCGACUGGAAUUUUUCAGCACACGCCGAUUCAGAUUCGCAUGCGAAAUGGGCGUAUCAGUUCCACACUGGGUCAGAACUUGUCGGUAAAAUGGUAUUCACUCAACCGCCUUCUGAUUAUGCUACAGGUGACAUUGUGAUCGAGUACUGGAAUGGCAUGACAUUCAAAAUUGUGAAUAAUCAAAGCGUGUCUGGCUUUGAUAAAUCUUCAAUUGUAUGGAACCAAAGUUUGGAGAUAGCAUUUGACACAGUCUCUGCUCAGUUUUUUCAAAUCACAUGCUUUCCGCACCCACUCUCUUCGCAUAGACAUCGACAAGGGUUAUCAGAAUGGCAGAUUUGGUCUGGGUGGUACACAAAUUCCACCAUAUCUGAUUUCAAUUUUGCGUAUGCAAUUUCAGAGUGCCUAUGGAAUACCCCUGGAUUGCACGAUAUGGACGGUAUGUGUACUUCUGCGAGCUUUGGUCCUAUGCCAAGCUGGGACACCAGUCUGGUCACAAACAUGUCGAAUGCCUUUUCCCAAUAUCCUGACUUCAACGCCGAUAUUUCCGGCUGGGAUACGAGCAAUGUUGUGGACAUGAGCGCUAUGUUUGAAUCUGCUUCUUUGUUUGACCAGGACAUUAGUUCUUGGGUUACAUCAGAGGUGAGGAGCAUGACUCGCAUGUUUGCCGAUGCGUCCUCGUUCAAUCAAAACAUUGGGGUCUCGUGGGAUACAUCGCAAGUGAGGAGCAUGGAAGAAAUGUUUUACCAAGCUUCUGCUUUCAAUCAGGACAUCGGGGGCUGGGACACAUCUCAGGUGACAAGUAUGAGGUACAUGUUCAGCGGUGAGUAUUACAACAAGAUGAUAUUCAAUGAGGACAUUGGCGGUUGGAACGUUGGGAACGUUGUUGACUUUGAGGGCAUGUUCCGUUUUGCCCAAAGUUUCAACCAAAAUAUUGGUUCUUGGUCAACCUCUCAGGCAACGAGCAUGGCUGGUAUGUUCAAAGGCGCGAUUGUAUUCAACCAAGACAUUUCAUCUUGGAACGUGUCUUCUGUGAUUGAUAUGAGAAGUAUGUUUGACGGAGCGUUGCAAUUCAGUUCUGACAUAUCGGAUUGGAGUGGAACAGCUGCGAAAUCCCGGCAAAAUGAUAUUUUUCUGGGCGCCAUUGCGUAUCAGAAGAAAUAUUGGUGUCCGAGUGUCAUGAAUGGUCCGGUGUCCUGGUGCGUGUGCAAAUUUGAGUGCCCGCGCCCACCAUCGCCUUUUCCUCCUCCUUCACCACCACCAACACCUCCUGCUCCACUUCCACCUCCCACUCCCCCUUCCGUAACUUCUCUUUCUCUCUCUCCGCCAUCUUGGUCAGCGAUAUCUUCUCUAUUUCUACCUGCAUUGCUUGAAGACACGAACAUAAAGAUAUACGCAUCCGACUCAGCUGAUAACGAUUGGUUUGGUUCUGCCGUAUCUUUAUAUGGCGAUGUUGCAUUGAUUGCUGCUCGUCAAGAUGAUGAUAACGCUACAAAUACUGGCUCCGUCUACAUUUUUCGCCGAUAUUCCUCCUAUUCUCGUUUUGAAGGAAGUACUACCGCGACAUGGACCGAGCAGACGAAGCUUCAUGCGUCUGAUCCAUCUGAAUUCGAUGGUUUCGGAAGAUCAGUUUCCUUCUUUGAUGACACAGCUUUGAUUGGAGCAGGUGCAGACGAUGAUGAAGGUAGUAACGCUGGCUCAGUUUAUGUGUUCACCAUGCACACUAAUUCAUCGGAUGAAUCAUCAUCUAGCUCUACGUGGGUACAGCAAACCAAAUUUUAUGCUUCCAAUCUAACUGCUGCUGACUACUUCGGUGCGUCAGUGUCUCUGUACGGUGAUACUGCUUUCAUUGGGGCCACCGGAGAUGACGAAAAAGCAACCAAUGCUGGUGCCGUAUAUGUGUUCACGCGAAAAACUUCUUCGAUUGGAACUGUGUGGACUGAGAAGACUAAAAUCUAUGCAUCAGACCCUGCUCCCGAAGAUGGAUUUGGUCAAUCUUUAUCGCUGCACGGAGACAGAGCGUUAAUUGGAGCGAAUACUGAUAGCAAUACGACUGAGAUUAACACCGGUUCGGUUUAUGAAUUUGUGAGGUCGUUUGAUAAUUUAAAUGACGAAGGAAUUGUUGAAGAAGGCGCAUUUACCUAUUCCGAUGGCUCGUACACAGCAAAAUGGGUCGAGCAGACUACUAAAAUACUCGCCCCUGAUUUGAGUCGAUCGGAUCUCUUUGGUGUAUCGGUGGCAUUAUAUGGUAACACUGCAUUAAUUGGAGCGAGUGGGGACGAUGAGAAUGCUACGAAUACCGGCUCUGUGUACAUAUUUACCCGAAAGUCAUCUUCCUCCUCCUCCUCUUCCGAGGUGUCUUUAUGGAUUGGAGAGACGAAAAUUUACGCGUCCGAUCCAGCUGCUGGUGAUGUCUUUGGGAAUUCUAUAUCGCUCUACGGCGACACGGCUUUGAUUGGCGCAUUCCAAAACGAUGACCAGGGGACAAAUACGGGGAGAGUGUACGUAUUUAAAGCGCCCCCGCCCCCGGCACCGCCUCCUCCUUCUCCGCCUCCACCUUCACCUCCAAGUCCUCCCCCAGAUGGAAUGUAUUGUCCUUUCCAAAGGUGCGGCGACUCUUCGAAUUGCCCUUGUGACGCGGGCGAAUGUUCGGAUCCAGUGCAUGGUAUAGAAUUCAAACGAGUAUCUCCAAAGUGUAUGCGGACUAUUCUCGAAUAUUGCGCUUCGCACGAUCCCGAAGUAUCAGGGCAAGUGGAUGACCCCGGAUGUCGACGAUUCUUAAAUUCAAAAAGUAAAGUUCAAUCAAUCCUAAGAGACGUGAAAACAAGAAUUGAUAGCGAUCUACCGUCUAUUGGAGGUAGAAGUAUGGCUAUUGAGUUUCCCGCUGGAGCUCUUUCGGAGGAUACAGAUGUGAGUAUCGCGGAACUUGAAGAUUCCGACCUCUCUGGAAGCUUACCGAGUAGUUUUGCUGGUACUACUACGGUUGGUAGUAUCAUCAACUUAACUCCGCAUGGUACUGUCUUCAAUUCGUGCGUCACGAUUGAAGUUCCGUACACGUACACAAAUUCCUACCUCGCCGGAACUUUACUCAAAGCGGCUGAUACAGAUUCAGAUUUUGAACUCGUUUCAGACGCCACUUACGUGGACAAUGCCGAUGGCACAGUACUUUACAGGUGGUAG